UUCCCGGGUGCCAAUCCCAUUGCCUGCUCCUCACGAACGCAUCAUUGUUCCAUCUUGCAUUGCGUUGCUCCUUCACGCAAUCUUGCUCUGACUUCACUCGCCCCUCCUCCAUGUCCAUGCACACGCGCGGCACGCCGGUAAAUUUACCGGUCGCUGACGGAUGCGAUGGCCCAAAGAUUGGCGCUCUUCGCUUCUCUUUUGGUGUCCUUUCUUCCCUGUCCCCGACACCCCUGCCGGCCAGAUUAGUUGGAGAUACAUCCGCCUGCGUGCUUGCACUUUCCUGGCAAAUCACUCGAAUGCCAUGGUUACUAGUUUAAUUUCUUGGUUAAUAGCAUGCUGCUAACGCUAUUUUUUUUUUAAAAGGGAGAGGCUGUGAUGCAAUUUAAGAAUCCUUUAAUCCGAAUGAAUCUGCAUCAAGUAGUCCUGUUAGUUUGCUUGUUUAUGCAGCGCAUGGGAUUUUAUCGCCCCUUCGCGUUUCGACCUUUCAGGAUAAUCUGUUCCCUUCGACUGUGAAUUGACUCUGAAUUGUUCCAGCCACUACUUGUUAAUCUAGCUGUUAAACGAGUUACACAAAGGCAUAAUAUCGACCACUAGUGUUGCUUCUUCACUACAGGCACGGUUUCUUGCUCUGGCAAACUAUCUGGGCUCGCUCAUUGUGCCAUGCUAAGUUCUUGCUUAUAUCAUACUCCGAAUGUGGUACUGGGAUUGGAUGUAAAUAGUUGUUGCUAUAAAAGUAUAACAUUCAUAUUUCCGUCUUGGUCACAGAACUUCAAGAAGAAGAAAAAAGCAAUUUAUCAUCACCACUGUGGUACUGUUUCUCUUCACCACCAUACAAUGAGCAAUCAUGCAGAGCAUCAAUUUAUCUUGAAGGUUGCAGACUCAAAGGAACACUUGUCGUGCAUUGUGCACACCAUUUCUCUGAGAAAAGUAGCUAUAUUACUUAAAGCAACAUUUCUUGGAUGGGUUCAGACAAGCAGAGUGGUAGCCCACUAUUGGGAACCCUCAAGAUGGAGAGGGUUCGGACGAUCCUGACACAUACACCAUAUCCUCAUGAACACUCGCGGCAUAUCAUGACAGCAGUGAUAAUUGGGUGCCUCUUUUUCAUCUCGUCCGACAAUAUGCAUACUCUGAUACAUAAACUGGACAACAAUAUCAAAUGGUGGUCCAUGUAUGUUUGCUUGAUUGGUUUCUUCUACUUCUUUUCAUCCCCCUUCCUUGGAAGAACAAUUCAGCCGAGUUACUCAAAUUUCAACCGAUGGUAUGUCGCUUGGAUUUGCUUUGCAUCCCUGUAUCAUCUCCCUAGCUUCCAAUCAAUGGGUGUCGAUAUGCGCAUGAACCUUUCACUUUUUUUGACUAUAUAUUUCUCUUCUGUUCUCUUCCUCACCGCCUUCCACAUCAUAUUUAUUGGUCUCUGGUACAUUGGACUGGUCGCUCGCAUGGCAGGCACAAGACCAGGGAUAUGGACCAUAGUACAAAACUGUACAGUCAUCAGUAUUGCGUGCUGUGUAUUCUACAGUCAUUGCGGGAAUCUUGCUGUGCCCAAAAGCGAAACAUUUGAGAAGAGUUCUGAUCCAAGUUUGCUUGCUUUUCUUAAAAACGAAAAUGGAACCACAUGGAUAUCAAAUUUUCUCUUUAUGAACGAACUAAAAGAUCAAAUAUGUUCAUCUUGGUUUGCACCUGUUGGAUCUGCAAGUGACUAUCCUCUUCUGUCUAAGUGGGUUAUAUAUGGGGAGUUAGUUUGCAGUGGAUCCUGUGCUGGCCCAUCAGAUGAAAUAUCUCCUCUGUACUCACUGUGGGCUACAUUUGUUGGCCUUUAUAUUGCCAACUUUGUUGUGGAGAGAUCAACUGGAUGGGCUCUUACUCACUUGUCACCAGUAUCAGAAGAAGAGAAGCUCAGAAAACAUAUGAAACCAGAUUUCCUGGAUAUGGUACCUUGGUACUCAGGGACAUCGGCUGAUUUAUUCAAGACAGCGUUUGAUCUUAUGGUUUCUGUAACUCUUUUUGUUGGGCGAUUUGACAUGCGCAUGAUGCAGGCUGCAAUGAAAAGUACUACAGAUGAGACUCGGAAUGACGACGUGCUCUAUGACUAUUUCAAUGAAAGAGAAGACCUUUGGUUUGACUUCGUCGCAGACACUGGUGAUGGUGGAAAUUCAUCAUAUACAGUUGCCCGGCUGCUGGCUCAGCCAUCCAUUCAGACUGUAAUUGGUGGUUCUAUGCAUACUCUUCCACGUGGAGAUUUGCUUGUUAUUGGCGGUGAUCUUGCGUAUCCAAACCCUUCGUCCUUUACAUAUGAGAGACGCUUCUUUGGUCCUUUUGAGUAUGCUAUGCAACCUCCGCGUUGGUAUAAGGCUGAACAUAUAGCUGUGGAUAAGCCUGAGGUUCCUCCGGGAGUAUCAAAGAUGAAAAAAUAUGAUGGACCCCAAUGUUUCAUAAUUCCCGGGAACCACGAUUGGUUCGAUGGGCUUCACACCUUUAUGAGAUAUAUAUGUCACAAAAGCUGGUUAGGGGGAUGGUUUCUGCCUCAGAGGAAGAGUUACUUUGCAUUGCAGCUUCCGAAAGGUUGGUGGAUAUUUGGUCUUGAUCUAGCUCUUCAUGGUGACAUUGAUGUAUACCAAUUCAAGUUCUUCGCAGAACUUUGUCGGAAUAAGGUUGGAGAGAACGACUCUGUGAUCAUUGUUACACAUGAGCCAAACUGGCUCCUCGAUUGGUAUUGGAAGGAAACUACAGGCAAGAAUGUCUCACAUUUGAUUCAGGACUACCUGAAUGGAAGGUGCAAACUUCGUAUGGCAGGGGAUUUGCAUCAUUUUAUGAGGCACUCUGCUACACGAUCAGAUAAACCGACUUUUGUACAACACUUACUUGUCAAUGGAUGUGGUGGUGCCUUUCUGCACCCAACACAUGUUUUCAAAAACUUUGAAAGGUCCUCUGGUACUACCUACGAGUGCAAGGCUGCUUAUCCCUCCUAUGAGGAAUCUAGUGGGAUUGCACUGGGCAACAUAUUAAAAUUUCGCAAGAAGAAUUGGCAGUUUGACAUAAUUGGUGGUUUUAUUUACUUCAUACUGGUAUUCUCCAUGUUCCCACAGUGUAAUCUUGUUCACAUCUUAAAUGAAGAAACAUGGUCUGGGCGUCUGCAAAGCUUCUCGAGUACAAUAUGGAGUGCUUUGCUCUAUAUUUUCGAACACUCUUAUGUCUCCUCAGUAGGAAGUCUAACUUUGUUGAUGGCAUCAUAUUCAUUUGUACCAUCCAAACUUACACGGAAAAAAAGAGCUAUUAUCGGUGGCCUGCAUGUUGUGGCCCAUCUGACUGCAGCUCUAGUUUUAAUGUUGCUCAUGGAGUUGGGCAUUGAAAUAUGCAUACGGAAUCAUUUACUAGCAACGUCAGGUUAUCACCCUCUAUAUGAUUGGUAUCGGUCAAUGGAAAGUGAGCAUUUCCCAGAUCCAACUGGUCUCCGUACUCGAUUGGAACAAUGGACGCUUGGACUAUAUCCAGCAUGUAUAAAAUACCUUAUGUCAGCAUUUGACGUCCCAGAGAUAAUGGCUGUGACAAGGAUCAACAUUUGCAAGAAUGGCAUGAUGUCUCUUUCUCGGAGUGUUCUGAUCAUGUACUAUACUUCUGUAUUUAUCUAUUUCUGGAUUUUCUCAACUCCAGUUGUUUCCCUCAUAUUUGGUAGUUACCUAUACAUAUGCAUCAACUGGUUCCAUAUACACUUUGAUGAAGCCUUCUCGUCUUUGCGCAUCGCAAACUACAAAUCUUUCACAAGGUUCCAUAUUAAGAAGGAUGGUGAUCUAGAAAUAUUUACACUUGCAGUUGACAAGGUCCCAAAGGAUUGGAAGUUGGAUCCAAAGUGGGAGGCAGAGGAAAGAGGGCCUCAUCAGCUCGGCCACCACCGGAGGUACCCUAGCAAAUGGAGGUCAGCCUCAUCUCCAGAUCCUGUCAGGUCGGUGCGGGUCGUUGACCAUUUCACCAUCACAAGAACAGUAGCACCGGAUCCCGAGACCUCGUACUGAUUCCCUACAUAAAUGCUGGCGAAGUGCUUGCUUGAGACAUUAGCGAUUGCUUGCGCAGAUUGUCAGUUUUCUCAUCCCAGAUCCAGCUUGACUUGGGCUGACCUACCGGAUCUGCUCCGGUGUUGCCUUCAGUUCUCUCUAUGCUAACUUCCUCUCCAGCAUUGCACAGCAUAUAGCAGUGAUUUACUUGUGCACUAGUUAACUAGUAACAAAGAAGAAUGGAUGGAGGAAACAAAGAAAAAAUUCGAUUCAUCGGAUAGAUUGUAUUCUGAGUGUAUGCUCUUUAUACUGAAAGAUAGUAGAACACGACCAUUUUUUGUCACACGGAAACAUAUAUAUCCUGGAUGUAAAUUUGACUGAAACACGGAGUGUAAACUGCACAAUUUUCUGUAGAAACAACCGAGUUUAUGAUGAUUCCUGGAAAUUGCUUCCUA